GAUGUGAUAUUCAGAACGAUUCGUGUACGGGGCUAUUAUGUCGUAGACCUCCACAUGUUGUUUGAAUUCAUUUAAUAUCCGGAAUUAUGUAAAAGAAAAUCGUGGGGAAAAAAAUUUAUCAGCGAAAAGAAUAAAAACCACAAUGUCUAGAAGAGAUUACGCUAUUACAAUUCGCGAGGACACGGUGCAUUAUACAGUGGAGGAUGUAGAAGACUGUGAUGAUAUUGACGAUGCUUUCGACAUCGGGGACGCCCUGGACGUCAAUCUGCGGGGACUGUCUGACCUAGAUAGCAUCAAAGAGAGGCUGAUCAUGCAUAUAGAAAAGGAAAAAGGCAACUUCAAAACACAGACCAUUGAUAAACUCAUGGAGUUUUCUCGGGAAGAUGAGCGAAAACGACAGAAAAUACUUGAACUGUUAAAAACAAUUCAGAGGACAUUAAAGAAAUUUGAAGUGCAAGAGGUUCCUAGCCAACAACACAAGCGGGGGAGCGCAGCGUUAGAGGAACUCCUGAUAACAGAGGGGGCGACGAAAAGUUUCGAAAUUGACUUCAACCAAAGGAUCUCGCAAGUCAAAACAGGAGAAUGCAUGGUUGUUGUGUCAGGUGAAACUUCCGCCGGUAAGUCAAGUUUCCUGAAUCUCCUUUUCGGGGAGGACAUAUUACCUGUCCACCAUAACCCUUGUACCUCUGUCAUCACAAAAAUUUCCUACGGUAGGAACCGAUCGGCACGUAUCGUUCAUAUGAACGGGGAGGCAGAAGAAAUAGAGGAUAUCCAUAAAGGGGAAAUGAAGGAAAAGUUGUGGAAUAAAAUAUAUGAAACGGACUUAGACAACAGGGAAAAAAUGUCCAGAAUAAGCGAGGUUCAGCUAUCUUUACCAAUGGCGAUAUUGAAGAGCGGGAUUGUUUUGGUGGACUCUCCGGGAAUCGGAGAAAAUUCUGCGAUGGAUUCCGUCAUCACACAGUUUGUCUCACAACACCACAUCAUGGGGUUCAUUUACGUCAUCAAGUCUGACAAUGCCGGAGGUGUCGACGAAGACCGACUAGGAAAUUUACUCAAAGUUAUCUUAGACAAGCAAAAGAAGAAAUCAGACGAUGCUGGAACGUUGUUUGAUCCAAAAUGUGCAAUAUUUGUCUGUAAUUUAUGGGACAAUGUUAAGAAAGACGAGCAAGACCAAGUGUAUGAGUACGCGGUCCGGAAGCUGGAGAACUACUGGCCCGGACUGGUUAGGUCCAGCGUCAUCCGGUUCUCCACAAAACGUGCCAAACAGGAACUGUCUGUCGACACUGACUACAUCACAAAGGAUUACAGACUUUUUCUAGAGGGUUUGAAAGAGUUAGUUGCCAAGGCAACUGAUAAAAGAAUCAAAGCCACAUACAAGUGGAUGGAAACAGUCUUAGUACGAAGUGUUCAUCAUCUUAAAACUAUUGUGAAAUCUGUGGAUGAUAAUGAGCAGCAUUUAAAGGGGAAAAUGAAGCAUGUUCACGAAAAGCUUCAAAGUUUACGACUAAAGUCAGAGGGAGUCCUAAAAGAUCAGAAGGCACAUAUAGACACAAGUGUUAAAGAAAUUUGUCAAGCAUUUGAAAUUGUCCUGAACCAACCAGCCACACACUUUCGACUUGUUCAUUGGUUGAACCAUGAUUUAAUAAAUAUUCGAGAUGAUGACCCUUGGCCCGAGGUCAAACAAAAAAUUCACGAUAUGCUUCUGAAUAGGAUAACUGAUGAAUUCACCAAGUGGGAAGAGGAUAAUAAAAAAUGUCAAAAAGUCGAGCAGGAAAUGUUUAAUCAAAUCAAAUCGGAACUUCAUCUUUUACAGAGUGAUUUAGUUUCUAUCGAAGGUGAAUUACACUCCGAUUCCGAUAGUGUCUCAUCGGAAGAAUAUUAUGAUUUAAAAACUCGGAGAAAAUCAUCCCUACUCUCAAUAAAGCUUGGACGAUGUGGGGACUAUGAUUUUGGAGCGUUACAUGCACAGCCAUUACCGGUCAAAUUGAUUGGCAAAUUUUUGCAUCCAUUCAAUACUUUGGCAAAAACACUUCGACAUUCUAGUUUAUACGAAUCUUAUGAAUUUGCGAAAUGGAACAGGAAAACAGAAGCGUUUAGGAAAGAUCCUCUCAAUGCCGCUAAGCUUGUCUCGGAAAAGUUUCUUCAAAGAUUUUUGCAUCCCGAAAAGGGCGAAGAAAAUCAACUCCUCAACUUUGUUUCCGAAAUAUUUGAUCGUCCAAGAGAAUUACUCGAAGUUAUAGAAGAGAAUAUCCCUGCUAUGAUUCAAGCAAAUGAAGAAUUACUAGACCAUAUAUCACAUUGCCGCGUCAAUGUCAAUGAAUCUAGAGAAACAUACGAAAAGAUGAUGGAAGGAUUAGAAACUUUGAAACAUCAACUCUUGGAGUAUGGAACUGGCCAAAUUUACGUGGACGAUUUUAUGGGAAGGGAGAUUCGUCUUCGAGACGAGUAUAACGAUUAUGGAGAUUCUGGUGAUUUUCGAUGUUCAACCAUCAUUCUUAGUUGUUCAAACAAUUCCCGGGGAGACAGACGUAUCCAGAGGGGGGUUUGGACUGCUCUACAAAACGCAAGUUUGUACGACGAGGAUGAGAAAUGCGAUGAAGCAAUUAUCAUUAAAGUCUAUCUUCCACUGGCUGGAAUCUCUGAAACCUUUGCAGAAGUCACUAAAUUACGCUUCCUGGAUCAUCCAUGUGUAGCAAAGUUUUUGGGCAUUCACCAUUCCGACUCCCCAAUCCCUGCAUUUGUUUACAUGGAUCACCUACGAAGUCUAAAGAUAUAUAAAGAAUCGUCCUUUUGCAAUCUUCGAGUAGAGAUUCCAAGAAUUCUGGAGGAGGUUGUUCAAGGCCUGGAAUAUCUACACAGUAAAAAGCUUGUCCACAUGGAACUGUGUCAAAACACAAUUACAGUAGACUUUGAUGGGAAUGUGAAAUUAACAGGCGGAUGUCUUCCACGUUGUGCUAAUUUCCCCAUGGACAAGGAGUCUAUCGGUGUAGGUGAUUUUGCAUACUUGUCACCGGAUGUUCUGAGAGGGGAAAUAUACGUUGCCUGUGCAGACGUGUAUGCACUUGGUCUUCUGAUUUACGAAAUGUUGCUCAAUACUCGAUGUUUCGACAAUCAGAGAAUGAUGACCCUUGAUUUGUUUACCAGCAAAGUCGACCCAAUUGGAAUGAACGAAGUCUUAAACAAAUGCCAAGAGGUCAAUAUGACUGAAUCAACUAAAAAUCUUAUUUUAUGGUGCAUGGAUCCAUCAGCGGAUAAAAGACCUGCAGUUCAAGUGAUCGCAGAAAAAAUGACUGAUUUUAAAAAUGAAAAGUGUACGCAGAAUCUCAGACAUAGCGGGUUUCAAACUAGAAGGCACCAAGCCGUGAGGCGUAUACCGUCUAAACAAGCUUAUUAAACAUGUUAGAGAGAUUAUGAAAUAUUUUUAGAGAAAAUAUAUUAUAUUUGAACAUUGAAGACGCAUUAACUUUUAAUAAGAAAGGAGUAUGCUUGAAAGGGAAUAGAUCUCAUCGCAUAACCAUAGAAAAUUUUCUUUGGUUUAAGUAAUUUGUUCAUUGUAUCAAUGCAGUGUAAGAUAAAAUGUUUGAAUUAUGAAAUCGACAAAGAAAUAUAGAAAAUUUUGUUUCUCUAGAUCCAUUGCAUAAUAUGAUAAUGA